AUGAACUUGGUCUUUGGCACUUUGUACCCUGCCUAUUCUUCCUACAAGGCCGUGAAGACGAAAAAUGUGAAGGAAUAUGUUAAGUGGAUGAUGUAUUGGAUUGUGUUUGCCUUCUUCACUACAGCAGAGACACUCACAGAUAUUAUUCUCUCUUGGUUUCCUUUUUAUUUCGAGUUGAAAAUCGCAUUUGUGAUCUGGCUGCUCUCUCCUUACACCAAGGGCUCCAGCGUUCUCUACAGGAAGUUUGUUCACCCAACGCUCUCCAAUAAGGAGAAGGAAAUUGAUGAGUACAUCAGCCAGGCCCGUGACAAGAGUUAUGAAACUAUGAUGAGAGUUGGCAAGCGAGGAUUAAAUUUGGCAGCCAAUGCAGCAGUUACUGCAGCUGCAAAGGGUCAAGGAGUUUUGUCUGAAAAGCUACGAAGUUUCAGCAUGCAGGACCUGACUUUGAUUCGGGAUGAUGACACUGUGCAUUUACGGAGCCCUGAACCACGCUUGCGUACCUCCACUACUGGCCUUCUUGAAACAGUCGACGAUUCAGAUGAGGCGUCUGCGUCUCAAAGACAUAACGGGACCCAGUCUGAUGCCAGAACUGACCCAUCAGAUGAUGAUGCAGACAAAGUUCCCAAGCGGACCCAGAGCCUUAAAGUUCCUAAAAAAGUGACAAAAGUCGAGCCCCCACAAAAGACUGUGAAAGCUCGUCCUAAGAAGAAAGCUACAGGCUCUACUACUGCUGGCGAGUCAGCCUAAGGACAACCUAGCCUGUCUGUCCCAGAGUUCUUCUGUCACUUUGAGGGGCACUCUCCAAGGAAAAGGAAGCGGAGAUCAUGUACAUAACAGCUACUGCUUUGUAGAGCUCAUUCAAAGUCGAGAGGGUGACUGAAA